UUUUUUUAGGCGCACGCGUACUUCGGUAAGGCGCGUAUCAAGCAAACGUUUUGCCAGUGUUGUUAGCUAGCUUGUCGCCUAGAGAGGAGAACUUGUCAAUGAAAGAAAUCAACAGCUGAAUGCACGAAGGAAACGUCUCAGGGAUACCACGAGUAAAAAAGGAUGCCCCGGGAAAUUAUAACUCUGCAGUUAGGACAGUGUGGCAACCAGAUUGGAUUUGAGUUCUGGAAGCAGCUGUGUGCAGAACAUGGCAUCAGCCCAGAGGGCAUUGUGGAGGAGUUUGCCACAGAGGGCACAGACCGCAAGGAUGUCUUCUUCUACCAGGCUGAUGAUGAGCACUACAUCCCACGGGCAGUACUGCUGGACUUGGAGCCCAGGGUCAUUCACUCCAUAUUGAACUCCCCUUAUGCGAAUCUCUAUAACCCGGAGAACAUCUACCUUUCAGAACAUGGCGGUGGAGCUGGGAACAACUGGGCUAGCGGGUUCUCUCAGGGCGAGAAGAUCCAUGAAGACAUCUUUGACAUCAUUGACAGGGAAGCAGAUGGGAGCGACAGCCUGGAGGGUUUUGUGUUGUGCCACUCCAUCGCCGGUGGAACUGGAUCUGGCCUGGGCUCCUAUCUGCUGGAGCGGUUAAACGACAGGUACCCCAAGAAGCUGGUGCAGACGUACUCGGUGUUCCCCAACCAGGACGAGAUGAGCGACGUGGUGGUGCAGCCCUACAACUCCCUGCUGACGCUGAAGAGGCUGACGCAGAACGCUGACUGCGUGGUGGUGUUGGAUAACACGGCUCUGAACAGGAUUGCCACAGACAGACUACACAUCCAGAACCCCUCUUUUUCCCAAAUCAAUCAGCUGGUCUCCACCAUCAUGUCUGCCAGCACCACCACUCUGCGCUACCCCGGCUACAUGAACAACGAUCUGAUUGGUUUGAUCGCGUCCCUCAUCCCGACGCCCCGCCUUCACUUCCUCAUGACCGGCUACACCCCACUCACCACUGACCAGUCGGUGGCCAGCGUGCGGAAGACCACGGUGCUGGACGUGAUGAGGAGGCUGCUGCAGCCCAAGAACGUUAUGGUGUCCACGGCGAGGGAUAGGCAAACCAGCCACUGCUACAUCGCUAUCCUCAACAUCAUCCAGGGCGAGGUGGACCCCACGCAGGUGCACAAAAGCCUGCAGAGGAUUCGGGAGAGGAAGCUGGCCAGCUUCAUCCCUUGGGGCCCGGCCAGCAUUCAGGUGGCCCUGUCGAGGAAGUCUCCGUACCUGCCGUCUGCCCACCGCGUCAGUGGACUGAUGAUGGCCAAUCACACCAGCAUCUCCUCUCUGUUUGAGCGCACGUGCCGGCAGUACGACAAGCUGCGGAAGCGCGAGGCCUUCCUGGAGCAGUUCCGCAAGGAGGACAUAUUCAAGGAGAACUUCAACGAGCUGGACGACUCGCGCGAGGUCGUCCAGCAGCUCAUCGACGAGUACAGCGCCGCCACGCGGCCCGACUACAUCUCCUGGGGCUCCCAGGAGCAGUGACCCCCCUCGCGAAGCGCAAGCUCCACACCUCUUGCAUGUAUUGCGGUGGCGAGGCGUGUUGUCACGCGGUCUCAGUGGCUUUCCCUUCGGUUCGUGUGACCCUGUUAGAAAUCUGUAAGGCCUCAAGCCUUCCCGCCCCCUUGUAAGUUCCACGUCCCAACGGAGGUUGUAUGACCUGGUGCCCGAAUCCAUUUUAUUGCAAUAUUAGCUACAUACAUUGGCCUGGAAAAUUAUUCACACCUUUGAUAAAGGCGAGCAAAGGAUGUAUAAAAUAAACAGUACACUUAUUAAGCUAUAUUGUAUGCGCACAAAAUGGGGAAAUUAUGUUUUUAUACUAAUAUAGCAUCCUCCCUUUACAAGUAGAACGCUACAGAGCUACCUUCUGUAGUGUUCUAUGAGACUGGUGAACAUAUUGGGAUCUUUGACCAUUCCGACAUACGAAAACUUUCAAGAUACUUUGGUCUGAGCUUAUGGACUUGUGGAAUAAUGAACUGUGCCAUGUCUCCAGACUUGAACACAAUUCACUCAAAGCACUGUUCAAUUCAAACCAACUGGGUCCAACUCUGGAGACAUGGUAAUCAUACUUGGUGUAGUUCAUAAUUCCACUGACUUCAACAGGAGCCCCAAAACCAGAAAAUGAAGAGAAUCUUUCAGCAAGACAAAGAAUUUACCUCGAAUUUAAUGACAAAAUGGUUGAUCUACUGAAGAAUUAUUGUUUUGCAAUGCUAUUUUGGGCUCUAGACUUGAACCCGAUUAAAAAUGUGUGGUUCGUGUUGAAUAGUGCAGUCUGCAAAUGCAGACCGAAGGAUCUAGAAAAAUUCUGUUUUGGGGAAUGGUCAGA